AGCUUUGGGUGCUUCACCUGCUUUGCUUGAAACCUCACGACGAGAAAGCAGCAGACCGCACCACCAUUUGGAAGGUCGUAGCUGACUUGACGGCGCCAACAUGUCGAUGGGUUUGGAGAUUGGUGCUAUAGCCCUAGCUGUCCUGGGCUUGAUAGGCAGCAUCUUGUGUUGCGGGUUGCCUAUGUGGAAGGUGACUGCCUUCAUCGGCUACAACAUUAUCACUGCGCAGUUCACCUGGGAAGGACUAUGGAUGGACUGUGUGGCCCAGAGCACUGGCCAGAUGCAAUGCAAAGUCUAUGAUUCUAUGCUGGCGUUGCCACCGGACCUACAGGCUGCUCGGGCCUUAAUCGUCAUUGCCAUUGUCCUCGGGGUGAUGGGGAUAUUCAUCUUCCUGAUGGGAGCACAGUGCACUCGCUGCAUAGAGGAUGAAACUACAAAGGCCAAGGUCACCAUCGUCUCUGGGGUCAUUUUCUUGCUGACUGGCCUCUUGAUUCUCAUUCCUGUCUCCUGGUCUGCCAAUCAAAUUGUCCGCAAUUUCUACAAUAUAUCAGUCCCAGAGCCGCUGAAACGGGAGAUAGGAGCUGCACUCUACAUUGGUUGGGCAGCGGCAAUCCUUUAUCUUUUCGGGGGAGGCUUGCUCUGCUGUACCUGCCCCCCCAAGGAGGAGAAGUACAGACCCACAAACUUGGUCUACUCUGCACCCAAGUCUACUGCACUGAGCUAUGACAAGAAGAACUAUGUAUGAGGUGGCAGAUCACUCCCAUGGUUGUAAGUGUUGCAAGCCUACCGGGUUUUGUUAAAUUCAUCUUUGCUUGCUCAAGAAGUAGAAGAAAAACUUCUGCCAAGAUUUAUUCUCAGAUUCAGUGAGAAUUUGUACAGUGAUGGUCUGUGACUCCCUUCUCACGGAGUUCCUAAGAAGGGGAAGGAACUUGCCUGGCCCCAUUUUUCUUUUUAUGGAUAUUGUUUGCCUCUGAUCUAAACCACUCUCGGACUUUCAUCAAGGACUUGGCCAGAGAGAUCCGAUACGUAUUGCUCAAGCUUGGCCUUCAGUCCCUCCCCUAAGACUGACAAGGGGUCAAAAUGACUGCAGACGGUUAGUAUAAACCUGGAAGGGUCAAGUGGACUGCUUCUUUGAACAAUGGUAUCUGUGCUGUUGGAUCCCCCCCACCCCACCCCAAAAUUUGGAUAUCUGUGUUUUCUACCCAUUUGUGGUUUCUGAAGGGGAACCCCUCAAGCGAUGGAGGAGAAAUAUGGUCAUUUUCUGGAUAUGGGAAUGAGGACAAUGUUAGCACUUGGGGUGGCUGAACUGUUAUUGAAUGGGUGGCAAGUGGCAGAGAGUGCCUUCUUUCCCUGAAGUUUUGUUGGCAUUUGCACAACAUGCUAAGAGUACUUAGCUUUAAUUAUGGUUAGUUUGGGAGGUUAUUGUGUUGCACAAACCCAGACUAAUUGGUUCAUGAUUCAAUACAUAUUUGAACCUAGAGAAAUGGUUUAAUUCAGUACCUAAGUGAAGUGUAUUGGGAGAACACAACCACUGAGCCUUUCCCACAUUGAACAAUCAGUCCUGUAUUUGAGGAGGGGGAACAGCUGUCUGAGGAAAUCUGGCAGCCAAGUUUGAGCAUUCGAGCAUGGGAAUUUGCCCAGCAGAGGAAUAAAGAUGGCUGAUACUCUUCCUCUUCUAAUUCUGAAUUCUUUAGAAUGAGGGCAGGGUCCCCACAUCCCAUCAUCAGGAAACAGCCAGCCAUGAAGGUACUGCCCCUUGAACUGCAUGUUGGCAGCAGCUGGUGGAAGGAAGAGAGAUCAAGAACUGCCAGUGGCCCCUCAGGCCAAAUAAAGUUCAUCUCCAGACACUCUGGUCCUCAGGAAUCUUCUUCUCCAAGAUGACACAGGCACUCGCUGGCAAUGGGGUGUGUGCAGGGGUGGGGGGAAUUUUGUUAUACAUAGUUGACAGCAAGCAUGAUUCCCUCUCUUCUUCUGUGUAUAUAGUAAGUUACAUUUUGUUCCCUUCUUUCUUCCCCCCAAUAAAACUGUCUGAGAAACCCAACCAAA